AUGGAGAUGCUCAUUGGAAGAGCAUUACAAUUUCAAUCCUUCCAUUCCUCAAUUGAUGCCAUCUUUUGGCAUCAACUGAGCAAUUACAAAGUGGAACAACAGAAGCUGGACGCGUCGCCAGUUGCUAUUCAUGGACGUUUUAACGCAUAUUCACGAAGUGCAAUCUCUAUUGUCUUUGGUAAAGCAUCGGAAAAUAGCUCUAUUAAAGAAUGCAUCGCUGAAGGUACUUUAAUCAAUGCAAAUACACAACAAGAGUUUGUGGAGGCUGAUGUGAAAGAAAUACGUGAAAACAUAGGCAAAAAAUUGUUGGAAUCCAUUGAGAAGGACACUGUGGCCGAAAGGCCAAACGAAUUGAUUCAAUUCUUACUUUUUUCAUAUGCAGACAUAAAAUCUUAUCGAUACCAUUACUGGUGCCUUUUUCCAUCUCUAAAAAAUACACCAUUGUGGAUCGUCAAGAGUUUCCAACCUGCAGAAUCAGUCAUUCCUUCUAAUAUCGUCUCGCCUCAAAUUUUAGACUUUUUGAAAACAUCAGAUUGUACACAAAGACCUUUUUUCAUUGUGGCAAAGGACCAGAAAGCUCAAUGGCUUGUUCUUCCUCUCAAAGAGUUACCAAGGUGCCUCACUGAUAAAUUGGAGUUUUUUAUUUUCGCCGAGGACUCAUUUCAACUACAAGAAUAUCCUUCCUGGCCAACACGAAAUCUUCUCGCCUAUCUUUCAAUUAAAUUUCAUCUUGAAAAGACAAAAAUUAUCCUCUUUCGAGAUGGGAUGAGUUCGGACAACUUAUCCCGAAGUAUAUUUAUAGACUUAGUGAGUCAGAAGAGUCAAGAUUCCUUGAAACCUUUAUCGACCGUAGGCUGGGAACGAAAUGGAAAAGGCCAAUUAGGUCCAAAAGUAGUAAACUUGUCUUCUUUAAUCGAUCCUGUCUUACUUUCCGAGUCAGCAUCAAUGCUGAACUUAAGCUUAAUGCGAUGGAGACUCGUACCACAGCUUGAUCUUGGUGUCAUUCAAAGUACUAAAUGCCUUCUCCUCGGAGCUGGAACACUGGGAUGUGGAGUUGCUAGAAAUCUUGUGUCUUGGGGUGUUCGACACAUUACCUUUGUUGACUAUUCAAAAGUGGCUUAUUCCAAUCCUGUAAGACAAUCAUUAUUCACAUUCGAAGAUUGUAAAAAAAAGCAGCCUAAAGCUCAGUGUGCAGCGUUCAGAUUAAAGGAAAUUUAUCCAAAAAUGUUUACUGAAGGCCAUUCAAUUAGUAUUCCGAUGCUAGGACAUCCAAUAUACGAAUCUGACAUUGAAAAGACUAAGAGGGAUUAUCAAAUCUUAGAAAAUUUGUUUUUGAGCCACGAUGCAAUUUUCUUAUUGACAGAUACGAGAGAAUCACGCUGGCUGCCGACUGUCAUGGCUACUUCUUUGAACAAGAUAUUAAUUAAUUCCGCGCUUGGAUUUGAUAGUUGGCUUGUUAUGAGACAUGGAAGUUUGUCACAAGGAGAGAAUCGCCUUGGCUGCUAUUUUUGCAAUGAUGUGUUUGCUCCAUCCAAUUCUGUUAUUGAUAGAACCUUAGAUCAAACUUGUACGGUAACACGUGCUGGAUGUACUAAUAUUGCAACCGCAAUAGCUGUAGAAUUGUUUGUUAGUCUGCUACAGCAUCCGAAUGGUAUCGCUGCCCCUGUCUCUAACACAGAGUCUACGGUUUUGGGUGAACUGCCUCAUCAAAUACGUGGUUUUCUGCAUGACUUUAGUUUAUUAAAGAUAUCUGGAAAGGCUUACCAGCAAUGUUCCGCUUGUAGCGAAUACGUAAUAAGUGAGUGGGAGAAACGAAAGUGGGAUUUUGUUUUACAGGCUAUCAAUGAUUGCGACUACAUCGAAGAAUUAUGUGGCCUACGACUGGUGCAACAACUUGGCGAAAGCGCAGGAAUUAUGGAGGAAUGGGAUAGCGACAACGAGAAUAUACUUGCAUAA